UACCUCACACAGUUUCGGUGCAGUCAGUCUCAGCAAGGAACAAACGUGUGGAGAGAAGCCUGCAAGGAGCACCCAUUGCAGCCUCAAAAUGCUGCGGAUUUCCAUCGAACUUUUGUUUGUAUUUGCUGCUAGUUACAUUAUUGGCGUUCAGUAUUGUUCGGCCACUAUAAAGAUCUACGGAGCUUCUCCUCUCAAGGUCGCAGUGAAAGGAGUAUCAAGUGUUGUGAGUAAAGCGGCGUCUGCUUUCAAAGACACGUUUGUGCCUACGAAGAACCAUCGCAUUGUGACGGACUUCAAAGAUGGCGGUCACAGGUUUGCCGAAAUUUUCGAGGAUAAAAAAAGUGGUGAACCGGUUACGUGUAAUCUUCUGGGUGACAGAAUACUCAUAAAAUAUUUGUUGAAGUUUAUUCCAAGUGGGCUCGUUACCGACGUAACCGUGGAUGAGAUGGACGUUUUCAUAGACAAAUGCGUGGACCGAGAGUCAGAAGAGAAAGGCUCCUCUCUGUUGGAUUUGCUAGGCACCGCUUUCAAGAGCCUCUUGAUAUACCCAGGUACUAAAUGGUGCGGGGCUGGAGACAUCGCCAAGAGCUACAACGAUUUGGGCAUCAUCCGAGAGAUUGAUAUGUGCUGUCGAGACCACGAUCAUGCCAACGACAGCAUACCGGCUUUUGAUACAAAGCAUGGGAUUACAAAUUUUAGGUUCUAUACGAUGACCAACUGUGACGACGAUGAGAGGUUUUUCAAGUGUCUCGUGGAUGCCAGCAAUGUCGUUACGGCAUCCGUCGGCAUAGCUUACUUCGACGUGCUCAAGACCAAAUGCUUCAAAUACGGCCAUCCUUUAAGAUGCACCGGUUUUAAUCCGUUUCGCAUGCUGCUUCUUCGCUCGCCUUGUAACAACAAGGAGGAAGACACGUCUGAGCCAAAGAGUUGGAGCGUACAAAAUCCGACCAAUUUUCUCGAGGCUUUCGUCAACAGAAAAAAGAACGAUCUCAAGGAUGCGAUUGCGGGUCCAGAGGCCAAUGACUCAGAAUAUUAAAACUGCUCCUGUCAAAAUAACCCCAUAGUGCACGCAAAACAACACAUUUAUUUGCAACAGCAAACAACAAUUAAAUGCAGCAACUUUUUUCU